AUGACGCGCCUCUGCACCUACACCGCGGCGCUUGUGGCGGUAUCUCUUCCUUCGACAGGUGCUCAGCUGCUGUCUCUGCGCCACAACUCUAGCAACAUACCGGUUCCGAGCUCUUCCACAGGCAAUGAAUGCGGCUCGGAACCAGAUCCAUGCCCGAACUGUGACGGCGACUUCAUCACUGACAUCAAUGACCAGACAUAUUCCGUCUCGUGCAAUGCGGUGAUCAAUGCAACCGAACGCUAUCUGGUGACAAGUAGCAGUCCAGUCAACAGCUCGAAGAGUUGCGUCGAAGCCUGUGACGAGGAUAGCGACUGCUUGGGCGCUCAAUGGACGCCAAAUGGCGAAUGCAUAAUCGCGAGUGGUGAGAUUUGGAAGCUUAUCAACCAUCCUGGCACCAACGCAUUUGUUAAGGUUGGCGCAAAUGGAACAAACAACAAUGAACCAUCACCGCCUCAAGGUGAAUGUUCGUACUCGAACAUUGUCUGUCCUGUUUGCGAUCGACAAUAUGUCACAGACAGCAAGAACAAAACGUAUCAAGUCUUCUGCGACAGUCAACUUUUCUCGGAGGACAACUACAGCCUACAGCAAUGGUUUUCGGCUCAAGGUUGCACGCUCGCAUGCGACGAUGUCGCUUGGUGUGAAGGUUCUACAUACUUCGCGGACCGAGACUGCGAGCUCGCGAACGGCACGGAUGUUUUCCCUCAGCAGCAGCCUGGGUACACUGCUUUCUUGCCCGUGCCGGCAACGACUAAGGCACCUCAAACGAGUCCGAGCCGCUACAAUACACUCGCCGGGUAUAGCAACUACUCGACACCGACAAGCGCAUCAGCAACGCCAAUGCCGACGCCGACUCCUGCCUGCAAUCUCAAAGACCCAAGCUGCCCAGCCUGCGAAGGCGCCUCUGUGACCGAUUGUUUCAAUCGGACUUAUGUGAUCUCGUGCAGUUCGGUCCCAAUCUGCGACAGUAUUGUCAAGCGAGCGAACGGGACGAUACAGUCUGAGUGCUUGGAGUACUGUGACUCGGACCCUGACUGUCUCGUGGCGAUCUGGGACGGCGGACGUUGUGACCUGUGCAACAACGUGCUAGACGGGACGGCCAUCCUGGACGAACGGAUACCGUCAGAUUACGCAGUGUUCUUCCCAGCGACCUAUGAAGGCAGGACAAUCGCGAACGAGGCCACAUCCGCAACGUGGGAAAGCAUAAGCACCGUGGCCAAUGUCCUCUCGGCAUUGUAG